CCUUUCUAGCUAAUACAUUUGGAAUCAUUCUCUCCGAAAUUGAGAUGCAAUUUUCAUUGGAAAAAUUGAAGAGGUUUGUAACAGAAAAGCACGACUUCAGCGUGUGACCUCUGUUUCCUUCUCCGCCUCUGCAGAUUGCAGUCUCUUUCUCCAUCCGUUUACCUCACCACCUUCGCCUUGCAUGUCGUUUUACUUGGAUUCCUCACGCGUUUUGCUCCUCACUGCAUUUCCACUCCUUUUUAUAUUCACGAUUAUUAUUUGGAUUUAAAUAUUUGUUUUAUCGGAGUCGUUUAUUUUAUUCUCCGUUUCUCAACUUCCCCCAAUUUGUGCGAAUUUUUCUUCGCUGGCACCAAAAAUUGUUGUCGCAUUUUUGUUGAUUCAAUGAGGGGAAACGGAAGAUAUGAACGCCGCUGGGGAUCCGACACCGUACCCGCCGGAAAUUUAGCCAGCGGAGGAUCCUCGCCGGCGACGGACUACUCCGCCGAUUCGGCGGCGAGCGCGUCGGAAUUCGUCGAAGUCACGCUCGAUCUCCAGGACGACGACACGAUCAUUCUCCGCAGCGUCGAGCCGGCGACGGUGAUCAGCAUCGACGGCAAUGACGUCAUCUCCGGGAUCGAGACGCCUGCGCCGUCGUCGUCGGCGUCGCGAUCGCCGACGAUGCGGCGGAGCGGCUCGAACAAGUUGCUCCAGUUCUCUCAGGAGCUGAAGGCGGAGGCGCUGGCGAAGGCGAAGCAGCUGUCGCAUGAGCUGAAGCGGUUCUCGUGGAGCCACGGCCACGCGUCGCGGAUAAUCUCCGGCGCCGGCGGGAACGGCGGAUUGGACUCGGCGCUGGCGGCGAGGGCGAUGCGGCGGCAGCGCGCGCAGCUGGAUCGGACGCGAUCCGGCGCGCACAAGGCGCUGCAGGGACUCAAAUUCAUCAGUAACAGCAGAAACAACCGCGUCGAAGCGUGGAACGAAGUUCAGAUCAAUUUCGAGAAGCUCGCCAAAGACGGUUACCUCCAUCGCGCUGACUUUUCGCAAUGCAUAGGGAUGAGAGAUUCGAAGGAAUUUGGACUGGAGUUGUUCGAUGCAUUAAGCAGAAGAAGAAGACUGAAAGUCGAUAAGAUCGGCAGAGAUGAGCUCUACGAAUUCUGGUCACAGAUUACCGAUCAAAGCUUUGAUUCCAGACUCCAGAUUUUCUUCGACAUGGUGGACAAAAAUGAGGAUGGUCGGAUCACGGAAGAGGAAGUGAAGGAGAUUAUUAUGGUAAGUGCAUCUGCAAAUAAAUUAUCGAGAUUAAAAGAGCAAGCCGAAGAGUAUGCAGCUCUAAUCAUGGAAGAGUUGGACCCUGAAAGGCUUGGCUACAUUGAGCUCUGGCAGCUGGAAACACUACUGCUACAGAAGGACACAUACCUCAACUACAGCCAAGCUCUAAGCUACACAAGCCAAGCCCUCAGCCAAAACCUCCAUGGCCUCAGAUAUCGAGGCCGGAUUAAGAGAUUAAGCACCAAAUUAGUUUACUUCUUGCAAGAAAAUUGGAGGAGAAUUUGGGUGCUAACUCUAUGGAUUAUGAUAAUGAUUGGACUCUUCACGUGGAAGUUCUACGCGUACAAAGAAAAGAAGGCAUUCAUGAUCAUGGGUUAUUGCCUCCUCACGGCUAAGGGCGCAGCAGAGACGUUGAAAUUCAACAUGGCGCUCAUAUUACUGCCUGUGUGUAGGAACACCAUUACUUGGCUGAGGUCCUCUAAAAUGGGCCAUUUUGUGCCCUUUGAUGACAAUAUCAACUUUCACAAGACCAUCGCAGCAUCCAUUGUAGUUGGUAUCAUACUCCAUGCUGGAAACCACCUUGCUUGCGACUUUCCAAGGCUUAUACAUGAGUCCGAUGGCAUAUACAAUGAGUAUAUGGCUCGUGAUUUUGGUCGCCACAAGCCACAGUACAUGGACCUAAUUAAAGGGAUUGAGGGUGUGACAGGGAUUCUCAUGGUGAUCUUUAUGAUAAUUGCUUUUACAUUGGCAACACGGUGGUUCAGGCGGAGUCUUAUUAAGCUGCCUAAGCCAUUUGACAGGCUCACAGGCUAUAACGCUUUCUGGUAUUCACACCACCUGUUUGCUAUCGUCUACAUCCUGCUCAUCGUCCAUGGCACAAAUCUUUACCUUGUUCACGACUGGUACAAAAUGACGACAUGGAUGUAUCUUGCUGUCCCUGUACUCCUCUAUGCUGGAGAAAGGACCCUUAGAUACUUCCGGUCAGGCUUCUUCAGCGUCCGGAUUUUGAAGGUAGCCAUUUAUCUAGGAAAUGUACUGACGUUGCAAAUGUCAAAACCUCCACAGUUUCGAUAUAAGAGUGGGCAGUACAUGUUCGUUCAGUGUCCGGCUGUUUCUCCAUUUGAAUGGCAUCCAUUUUCGAUUACCUCCGCACCUGAUGACGAUUAUCUUAGCAUUCACAUAAGGCAGUUGGGUGACUGGACACAAGAACUUAAGAGGGUAUUCGCUGAGGCAUGUGAACCUCCUCUUUCUGGCAAGAGUGGGCUACUCCGAGCAGACGAAGGCACUAAGAAAAGUUUGCCAAAGCUACUAAUAGAUGGACCUUACGGAGCUCCAGCACAAGAUUACAGAAAGUACGACGUGCUCUUACUUGUUGGCCUUGGCAUCGGAGCAACGCCCUUCAUCAGCAUCCUUAAAGAUUUACUCAACAACAUCGUCAAAAUGGAGGAGCUGGCUGAUUCGAUAUCAGAUUUCAGCAGGUAUUCGGACCAGAGCACGGGCUCUAUGGACUCGUCGAUGAACAAGAUUUCUCCUAAACGGAAGAAACCUGUAAGGACAACCAAUGCCUACUUUUAUUGGGUCACAAGAGAGCAAGGGUCAUUCGAUUGGUUCAAAGGCGUGAUGGAUGAAGUCGCUGAGCUCGACCAAAGGGGGGUGAUCGAGAUGCACAACUACCUAACAAGUGUAUACGAAGAAGGCGAUGCUCGUUCAGCUCUCAUCACCAUGGUUCAAGCACUCAACCAUGCCAAAAAUGGCGUGGACAUUGUAUCUGGGACAAGGGUGAGAACACACUUUGCAAGGCCUAAUUGGAAGAAAGUUCUUUCUAAGAUCGGUACCAAGCAUGCCAAUGCAAGGAUAGGAGUUUUCUACUGUGGAGCACCGGUGUUAGCCAAGGAGCUAAGCAACCUCUGUUACGACUACAAUCAGAAGGGUUCGACGAAAUUCGAGUUCCACAAGGAGCAUUUCUAAUUUCCAAAGGAAUUAAGAGGACAAAAUAUCCAAGUCUAUAGAAGAAGUAGUAGUAUAUUACGUGACAUUCUUGGCCUAUCCUCUCCAUUUCACAGAGCUUGAACGUAAUAAUAUUUUGUAUAGUUCUUGAUAGGAUAAUAGAGUAGAGUUAAUGAAAAUGUAUACGUACAAGUAAUUGAGUAUUUAUAAAAUAUUUUAUUAGUAA